CCAUUCCCUACACCAUCCAUCCCAAAUUUCGAGACUCACAUCUCCGGGCCGUUCGUUCGUUGUCCCCUUUCUUCCUUGACGCUGAUUUUCCCUUCUCUCUCGUUCCUCGCAGAUGCUGUGGAAUUGGAACACGAUCGACUCUUGCUUCAUCGCGCGGUCCUGGCGCAUCACCUCGGCCGGCAUGUUCGCCGGCUCCUGCAUCGGCGUCAUCCUCCUCGUCAUGUGUCUCGAGUUACUCCGUCGCUCCGGCAAGGAAUAUGACCGCUACCUCAUCCGAUCCCACGCCGCGAAGUAUGCUGCGGCGCGGCCCGGGAGUCCCGGCGCAGACGACGGUGGCAAGGUGUCAUCUGCCGAAGGCGGUCGUCCUGUGUCGUGCGCCAUGCAACCUGUUCCUGGGUUCCGGCCCAGCGUAAUGCAGCAGGCGAUCCGGGCGUUGCUGCACAUGCUGCAGUUUGCGGUUGCGUAUUUUGUCAUGUUACUCGCCAUGUAUUACAACGGCUACUUCAUCAUCUGUAUUUUUAUCGGCGCCUACCUCGGCUCGCUCUUCUUCCACUGGGAAACAAUGGGAGGAAGUACCGGUCAGACAUCGGUGUCAGAGAACCCGACAGUGUGUUGCGGCUGAAUUUUGUUGAGAUUUACGUAGUAACUUUUGGAAGUUGUCAAGGUGAAACUACGGUAAUAGAAGUACGGAUAAGGAGGCUUAUCUGAGCGCGGUGGCGCGAGUGGGGGCGACACGCGUGGCUCAAGACCGUAAGGAUAUU